GUAUACAAUUAGCAAAAUCUGUGACGUGAAGUCGACGGUAGGGUACACGGUGAUUCCAUACACCGUUGCCCUAUUUCCAUCGGCCAUCUGGCUCUAUUACGGUGGGAUUAGGUCAAAUGCAAUCACACUAGUAAUCAUUAACAACACUGGCUGCAUUAUCGAGAUGGCGUACGUCGUCAUAUUUUUCUACUACUCAGGGAACUAUGAUAAAAUUCCGAACAUUAUCCUAUUAGUUUUAGGUAUAGGCCAGAUUGUAGUGUACGUGAUCUUCCGUACACCACAGACCAGCGAGACUACUGGAGAGUCUCAGACUGCGAAGACUAUUUGA